AUGGCAACUGCAAUGAAUUUCAACCAACGUCAAAUAACGGUCCGGACUAGCGAUGAAAGAUUUAUUGUCCAAAUUCGAACUAAUAAUAAUCCGUCAUCAUUCGAAACAUUUUUUUUCGAAUGUGAAGGAAACAAAAAUCGAAUGGAAACAUUUCAUUGUCGUCGUAAUAAUGCUUGUGAAAUAACAUUCAAAACACGACGACAUUGUUCAGCAUGUCGUCUGGCCAAAUGUCUUAUGAAUGGAAUGAAACGUGAUCGUCUGCUGAAAGCUGAAGAAAAAGCAAAAAAACUCUAUAAAACAAAAGAAAAUCAAAAUUUUAUAUUACAAACAAAUAAUGAAAUACAUGAACAAAGAUCCGAAUUACGAUCAUCAACAUUUCCAAAUCAUUUAUUAACAAUCAACAAUACAAAUAUGGUUUCUACAGAUUUCACUAAGUUUUUACCACAAUCAUCAUUCGAAUCAAAUCAAGCAAUGAUAAGUUCUCACGAUAUACAACGUAUAGAAGUUGUUCAAACUGCGUUUGAAAAACGUAUCGAACUCGCUGCUCGUGAUGGUCUUCCAUGGGAUCCAUCGGUAUGUGCAACAACAUUUUUACAGUACUUAAAUUUUCAUUCAGUACCAGCAAUACGUCUUUUAACAUUUUUCAAACAAAUACCUGAAUUCAAGCAAUUAAAUGUUAACGAUAAACUUAUUUUAACUAAAUAUAAUCUUUUGCCAGUUUUUAUUCUUAAUAGUACACUUUUAUAUAAAAUGGAUACGAAACAAAUUCAAGAAACUGAUACUGAUGUACCAUGGACUUUAUCGAUAUUACGAACAAUUCAUGGAAAUGAACUUUGUUUAAAAGUUAAAAAAAUCUUUCAAUCAUUUCUACAUAUUAGAUUAUAUGAUUAUAAAAUAAUACAAUUAUCACUUGUUGUACUUUUUCUAACAAAAGGUCUUUCAACAGGUGAUGCUGUUUCAGAACCUAUUCUUAAUGAUGGUACGGCGGUUUAUAGGGCACACAAUUAUUAUAUAGAAUUAUUAUGGAAAUAUAUGGAAACAAUAUAUGGCUUUGAACAAACGUUUCGUAUAUAUAAUAAAAUUGUUACACGAUUUUUAACAUGGCAAAAACUUGAAAACAAAUUACGACAUAAUAUAGAACAAAACUUAUCAAAAACAGAUGAGAAUGAACUGUUACCAUUGCUGAAAUCAUUGCUUCAUAUUUCUUGA